GGAGCGGACGGCCGGGAUCCCGUGGCGGGGCCAGCCAAGCCCCAUCCCCGAAGAGGAAGUGGAGGCCAGAGAGGGCGAGACCCGCCCCCAAGACCACGCAGCCUAUCACAGCCAGGACCAUGGGCUCCAUGUUCCGGAGUGAGGAGGUGGCACUGGUGCAGCUCUUCCUGCCCACCGCCGCGGCCUACACCUGCGUGAGCCAGCUGGGCGAGCUGGGCCUCAUGGAGUUCAGAGAUCUCAACGCCUCGGUGAGUGCCUUCCAGAGACGCUUUGUGGUGGAUGUUCGACGCUGUGAGGAGCUGGAGAAGACCUUCAGCUUCCUGCAGGAGGAGGUGCGGCGGGCGGGGCUGACCCUGCCCCCGCCCGAGGGACACCUACCGGCGCCCCCGCCCCGAGACCUGCUGCGCAUCCAGGAGGAGACAGAUCGCCUGGCCCAGGAGCUCCGGGAUGUGCGGGGCAACCAGCAGACCCUGCGCGUCCAGCUGCAGCAGCUGCGGCUCCACGCGGCCGUGCUGAGCCAGGGCCACGGCCCCCAGGUGGCAGCCGCCCAUGCAGAUGGGGUCUCAGAUAGGAUCCCCCUGCUCCAGGCCCCCGGGGGGCCACACCAGGACCUGAGGGUCAACUUCGUGGCAGGGGCCGUGGAGCCACACAAGGCGGCCGCCCUGGAGCGCCUGCUGUGGCGGGCCUGCCGGGGCUUCCUCAUCGCCAGUUUCAGGGAGACAGAGCAGCAGCUGGAGGACCCCGUGACGGGUGAGCCGGCCACGUGGAUGACCUUCCUCAUCUCCUACUGGGGAGAGCAGAUCGGGCAGAAGAUCCGCAAGAUCACCAGCUGCUUCCACUGCCACAUCUUCCCGUUCGCGGAGCAGGAGGCCCGGCUUGGCGCCCUGCAGCAGCUGCAGCAGCAGAGCCAGGAGCUGCAGGAGGUCCUGGGGGAGACGGAGCGCUUCCUGAGCCAGGUGCUGGGCCGGGUGCAGCGGCUGCUGCCGCCCUGGCAGGUGCAGGUCCGCAAGAUGAAGGCCGUGUACCUGGCGCUCAACCAGUGCAGCGUGAGCACCACGCACAAGUGCCUCAUCGCCGAGGGCUGGUGCGCCGCCCACGACCUGCCCACCCUGCAGAGGGCGCUGCAGGACAGCUCGAGCGAGGAGGGCGUGAGCGCCGUGGUCCACCGCAUCCCCUGCCGAGACAUGCCCCCCACGCUCAUCCGCACCAACCGCUUCACGGCCGGCUUCCAGGGCAUCGUGGACGCCUACGGCGUGGGCCGCUACCAGGAGGUGAACCCCGCGCCUUACACCAUCAUCACCUUCCCCUUCCUCUUCGCCGUCAUGUUCGGUGACGUGGGCCACGGGCUGCUCAUGUUCCUCUUCGCCCUCGCCAUGGUGAUCGCCGAGAACUGGCCGGCGGUGAAGACGGCACAGAAUGAGAUCUGGAGGACCUUCUUCGGGGGCCGCUAUCUGCUCCUGCUCAUGGGCCUGUUCUCCAUCUACACCGGCUUCAUCUACAAUGAGUGCUUCAGCCGCGCCACCGCCAUCUUCCCCUCGGGCUGGAGCGUGGCCACCAUGGCCAACCGGUCCGGCUGGAGCGAUGCCUUCCUGGCCCAGCACCCGCUGCUCACCCUCGACCCCAACAUCACUGGCGUCUUCCUGGGGCCCUACCCCUUUGGCAUCGACCCUAUCUGGAGCCUGGCGGUCAACCACCUGAGCUUUCUCAACUCCUUCAAGAUGAAGAUGUCCGUCAUUCUGGGGGUCACUCACAUGGCCUUCGGCGUGGUCCUGGGAGUCUUCAACCACGUGCACUUCGGCCAGUGGCACCGGCUGGCGCUGGAGACACUGCCGGAGCUGGUCUUCCUGCUGGGCCUGUUCGGCUACCUGGUCUUCCUGGUCUGCUUCAAGUGGCUACGGGUCUCGGCCGCCGGCGCUGCCUCCGCCCCCAGCAUCCUCAUCCACUUCAUCAACAUGUUCAUGUUCUCCCCCAGCCCCACCAACCCGGCCCUGUUCCACGGGCAGGAGGUGGUGCAGUCCACGCUGGUGGGCCUGGCCUUGGCCACGGUGCCCGUCCUGCUGCUCGGCACGCCCCUGUUCCUGCGCUGGCAGCACCACCGCCGCCAUUCCAGGAGGCCCGCGGGCCGGCAGGACAAGGACAGGGCCGUGCUGCUGGACGCUUCGGGCUCUGACGAGGAGAAGGGGGAGGCCCCGGAGGCCCCAGAGGAGGCUGAGCUUGUCCUGUCAGAGGUCUUCAUGCACCAGGCCAUCCACACCAUCGAGUUCUGCCUGGGCUGCAUCUCCAACACGGCCUCCUACCUGCGCCUCUGGGCCCUGAGCCUGGCCCACGCCCAGCUGUCAGAGGUGCUGUGGGCCAUGGUGAUGCGCGUGGGCCUGGGCAUGGGCCGCAGGAUGGGCGUGGCAGCCGUGGUGCUCGUGCCGGUCUUCGCUGCCUUUGCCAUCCUGACCGUGGCCAUCCUGCUGGUGAUGGAGGGGCUCUCCGCCUUCCUGCACGCGCUGCGGCUGCACUGGGUGGAGUUCCAGAACAAGUUCUACUCGGGCACCGGCUACAAGCUGACGCCCUUCACCUUCGCCGUGGAAGAGUAGCAGCCCGCCAGGGCCCUGCCCGUGACCCCUGCCCUGGCUGGUGGGGAGGAGAGGAAUAAAGAGGAGACGCCGGGAACUGUGUCUGGCUCUCGUCUGAAAGACCCGGGGGCUGGGCCGUCCUGCCCACCAGCCUCUCGAGCCAGCCUCUGGGCCCUUGGCCCUCACAUCCCCUUUUGUAGCUGAAGUGGGUGGGGGACACUGGGGCAGGAGGCCCUGGUGCAGGAUCUGGGCCUCGAGAAGUUGGGGAGAAGACUCAUGAGCACACCUGCCAUAAUCCCACUUGGGGGACACGGGGGCAUGGUGGGACCAAGAAGGGGUGAUUCUGACACAUGUUGGCUGCGAAUGUAUAUUCCAGGCUGGGGUGUGAGUACCCCAUCCUUUGGGUGUGCAAACUGGUGGAGAAUGUUUGGGGGGCAUCAGCACGAGUUGGCCCGCAGCCCUGCACCCACGCCUGCACCACCCUGCAGGGAAGAGCAGAGGCUGGCCAGCACCCCCAGGGCCAGGGAUAGGGCUGGCAGGCUCCAGGCCCUGGCUCCUUAUCUCGGGAAGCAUCUGCCCCCCACUCCCCCCUCACCCCGCCCAGACUGUCCUUCAGUGGGUGCAGCUGCCUCUGGCUGGGCCCCUAUAGGCUGGAGGCAGCCACCGCCGCAGCUGAGACCUCCCUUUCUCCCACAAGGAGCCGCAAAGUGGCUCUUCCCGCCAGAGGCCCCGAGGACAGCUGCCUGGGCACGGGGAGUGGGUGGCCGGGCCCCACCGCUGUGGCUCAUUUGCCCAGCCGCUGAGAGACGCCCCUUGGGUCCUGCACAGGCAAUGCCGCCCUCCUGGCAGGCCUGGCUCUAGGCAAAUGUCACCUGGGGCCUGGCUGGGCCCAAGGCAAGCGGUGCCGGAGUCAGGAGGGCUGCAGGCCUCGGGGCUGAGACAGGCCUUCCUGGGAAGCAGCGCUGGACGGAAGACCCGAGGAUGGGGCAGUGGGUAGGGACAGAGGGACCUGAGCUGAGGCUCAGAGCUGUAGUGUGUCUGGGGGGGUCUCCU